ACAGUUGGCAGUGGGAGUUGGAGUCUCGGAGAAGAUGGCAGAAGAUAAUAUUCUCCUCGCGUUGCUUGCAUGACUUUACGCCGCUAAUGGAACAAUAUGAACCGUGACGUUAUUUAUUCUGACUAUCUGAGUGUUUUACAUCACCACUCUAAGAUCUGCAAAUGUACUAGCACUUUGAGGAUUAGAUUUACUCAGACAAUACUUUAAAAAAAUCUAAAAAAUGGACGGAACGCGUGCCUCAGAGGUUUUACCUUUACUAGAAGAACGCCUGGCAAUAUUACCAGGUGGACGUGAUCGCCGAGGUGGUCCUCUUUUAUUAUUUCCUACAACAUCAAGGAGAGAACGUACUAAGUCAGAAGAUUAUCGUCGCUUACUCCAGUAUCUUUUUGCUAUUUCUAAUGAUGAAGCUCGCUUUACGGUUAUUGUUGACAUGCGAGGAGGAACUUGGGACUCUGUAAAACCGAUAUUAAAGGUUCUACACGAGUACUUUCAUCGCUCCGUUCAAGUUGCAUAUAUUAUAAAACCAGAUAACUUUUGGCAGAAGCAACGAACUUCUUUGGCAAAACAGAAGAAGUACAACUUUGAGGUAAACACAAUAAGCUUGGAAGCACUGACAACAGUCAUUGAUCCAUCUCAAUUAACCGCAGACUUGAAUGGAUCUUUCCAAUAUGACCAUGCUCAAUGGAUCAAUACACGUUUGGCUGUAGAAGAUUUUACUUGGCAAGCUGCAGAUUUACUUGAUCGUUUGGAUGAUCUUCAAGAAGAUCUUAGUCGCAAUGAUUUUGCGGACGACGUAAGUGGUGCUAAACAUGGUAUGGAUCUUCACAAUGAAAUGAGAAAAAAGAUAAUGAAAAUACCAGUUGAAGAAGUUGAAGUUGUAGGCCAACGAUUAUUGCAGCGAUUCAAUCAAGGUAUAAGCGGUACGUCAAGUGAUAGUGGUAGCAUUGAAGGAGGAGCAUCAGGUAGUGUCGAUUCUGAUGGCUGUGCACUGGCAACUUUAGUCAUUCAGCAUUUGGAUUCCGUUCAUGCGGCACAACAGCAUCUACUUCAACUUUGGCAUAUUAAGAAAACAAAAUUAGAUCAUUGUUUACAACUUCGGAUGUUCGAACAAGAUUGUGAAUCAAUGUUUGAGUGGAUUUGUCGCCAUAGAGAAAUUUUUCUUGCCAAUUACGUUGAGAUUGGUCGAUCUUUUCAACUAGCAAAGAAUCUUCAAGAAGAGCAUAAACAUUUUACAAUGAGUUCAAUGAAUGUUUAUGUUACUAUAAACAAAAUAUUAACAACAGCAGGAAGACUUAUAGAAAUGAAACACUAUGCUACCUUGCAUGUGAGAGCUGUAGCUAGUCGUUUAGAUCGUGCUUGGAAAGAAUUCGCUGCUGGACUUGAUGAACGUACUGCUGUUCUUAGUCUUAGUGUUGCUUUUCAUCACAAGGCCGAACAGUACGUUGACAGCGUAGCAGGAUGGAGUCAAGCAUGCGAGUCGACAAAUCUACCCAACGAAAUUGCAGUCCUUGAAUCUCAUAUACGACAACAUCAAACACUAUAUGAAGCCAUGUGUCAAGCAUAUACUGAGGUUUACAAUGCAUAUCAGGCCCUUUUGAGUGGUCUAGGUACUAUGCUACAAGUUUGUCACAGCUCAAGUUCCACUGGGGUCAUCAACAAUGAGAUUUUUCCCAGCGAAUAUGUACACAGUACCAGUAAGAAGCUUCUUUAUCAACUGGAUCAUCUUGUUCAAGUCUGUAAUCAGCCUCAAGGGAUUGACCACAACAGAAAACAUAGUCAAGAUGGCCAUGGAAUAGACAAUCGUGGUGGAAUGAGUGGAAAUCCAGCUGCGGAUUACAGUGAGGGUGCGUCACAUGUGCUUGCGGUUAUUCAUCGAAUUUUAAGCCAUCAUAGAGCUCUGGAAGCUCGAUGGCAUGCUCGCAAAGUCAAAUUACAUCAACGACUUGCUUUAAGAUUAUUUCAAGAAGAUGUAAAACAAGUAUUAGAUUGGUUAACAAAUCAUGGUGAAGUUUUUAUCAGAAAAAAUACUGGAGUAGGAAGAAAUCUGCAAAAAGCCAGAGUUUAUCAAAAAAGUCAUGAACACUUCGAAAAUGUUGCUCAGAAUACUUAUACUAAUGCAACUAAAUUACUCACUGCUGCUGAAGAACUUGCGCAUACUGGAGAAUGUGCAGCUGAUGAAAUAUACUCAGUAGCUCAAGAAUUAGAACGACAUGUGAGUAAUUUUGCAACAAGGGUUGAGCAAAGGCGUCGUCGUUUACACCUAGCUGUUAUAUUUUAUACUCAUGAAAAAGAAUUAAGCGGUUGGGUAGAUGAAUUACGCCAAGAGUUACAACAAGAUGAAGUUGCAGAAAAUUUAGAAACAGCAGAAAGACUUUUAGAUCAAUGUGCGCAGCACAGAUCAUCUUGUCUUGAAGCUUGUACUUCAACAAUAGCACAAGGCGAGGCUCUCUUACAAGAACUUCGAGAUUCGACUGAAACUUCAGAUACAACUGGAUCAGUAAGCGCAGUAGAAGCAGCUCUUGAUCGACUUGCAUUAUUACGUCAAGAAUUUGAGGAACUUUGGGCAACUCGUAAAUUACGAUUAGAACUUUGUUUACGUUUGCGCAUGUUUGAGAGGGAUGCGCUUGAAGCAAGUGGACAACUUGAAAUGUGGGCUCAGGAGCUUCGAGGACCACCGAGAGAAGGUUCGCCUGAACAAUUGCUUCGUGUUCACAAUGAUGGAGUGGCUCAUAUGCAAAAUACUGCAUUUCAAGUUUUACAACAGGGUCAAGAACUUGCUCAAGUUUUAGAUCAAGCUGGAGUUUGUAUUAUGGCUGAUGGUCAACAUACCGCAACUGCUAGAGUUCAAGUUCUUUUAGAAUUUUUAAACGAACGAGAAAUGGAUGCUGAAGAUUUAGCGGAGAUCCGACGAGUACGAUUAGAACAAGCUGCUCAGUUAGUACAGCUUCAAAGUGAUGCUCAGCAUGUUGCUAAUUGGAUCAGAAAUGGUGAAGCUAUGCUCUUGGCAUCACUCAGAGUUCCAGAAAAUCUAUCAGAUGCAGAACAGUUACGCUUAGAACAUGAACAAUUUCAAGUAGCUAUUGAAAAAACACACACUUCGGCUGUUCAAGUUAAACAUAGAGCAGAUGCAUUAGUUGGUGCUAAUCACUAUGAUCCUAAAAGUAUUCGCGAAGUUGCUGAAGACGUAACAAAACGAUGGCAACAACUUGUUACUUGUGCUGAAGAGCGACAUAAACUUGUGACUGCUAGCAUUAAUUUUUAUAAGACAGCUGAACAAGUAAGAUCUGUACUAGACAGUUUGGAACGUGAGUAUCGUCGUGAUGAAGAUUGGUGUUUUGGUGGAGAAAAAGGUAAUCAAGUACCAACGCUUGUUGGUAAACAUCAAGAACAAAAAGAAGCUUUUCUUAAAGCUUGUACACUUGUACGACGAACAGCUGAAACAUUUUUGAAGUAUACCAAUAGAAGCUUACAAUUUUAUAGCUAUAAAACUACCAGUGGUGGAUCUGAAAAUAAAGUUAAAAAUAUUCUUGAAGAAUUAUUGAGCAAAGAAAAUAAAGUAUUAGAACAUUGGACACAACGUAAAAAACGGCUUGAUCAUUGUCAUCAAUAUGUUCUAUUUGAACGUAGUGCUAAACAAGCUUUAGAAUGGAUCCGUGAAACUGGUGAAUUGUACUUAGCUACACACACAAAUGUUGGAAAAAAUCGUCUAGAAAAUGAACAACUACUUCAAGAACAUAACGAAUUUAAAGGUGCAGCAAAAGAAACAAGAGAACGAGUAAAAUUAUUAAUACAAUUGGCCGACAAUUUAGUUGAAAAAGGUCACGCUCACGCCACAGCCAUAAAACAAUCUGUUGCUGAAGUUGAUCAGCGUUAUAAAGAUUUCAGUAUGCGCAUGGAUUGUUACAAAACACAAAUUGAAGAUGACUUAGGAAUACAAUCUGAUGAUGGUCAAAAAGAUUUAUCAAUAGAUCGUAAUUCAGAUCCAUUACUUGAAGAAAAAAUCAAAGGAAAAGAUUUAAAAGAAUUGAAUGAAGAAAAACGACGUUCUGCUAGAAGAAAAGAAUUCAUUAUGGCUGAAUUAUUGCAAACUGAACGGACUUACGUCAAAGAUUUAGAGACGUGUAUUCGAUGUUUCUUGGAAGAAACACGAAAUGGACGUGGUAAUGUCCCACCAGGAUUACAAAGUCGUGAAUCAAUAAUAUUUAGUAAUAUGGAAGAGAUUUAUCAGUUUCAUAGUGAUAUAUUUUUACGUGAACUCGAAAAAUAUGAAACAAUGCCAGAGGAUGUUGGUCAUUGUUUUGUUACUUGGGCUGCUAAAUUUGAUAUGUACGUUACAUAUUGUAAAAAUAAACCAGAAAGUAAUCAAUUGUUGGUGGCUCACGGAGGGGUUUGGUUUGAGGAUUUACAAAGAAAACAUCGCGUUGAGCAUCCAAUAGCUGCAUAUCUUAUAAAACCUGUACAGCGAAUCACUAAAUAUCAGUUACUGCUUAAAGAUUUGCAAGCUUGUUGUCAAGAAGGACAGGGUGAAAUAAAAGAUGGACUUGAAGUUAUGUUAAAUGUGCCUAAAAAAGCAAAUGAUGCCUUACAUUUAAGUUUACUUGAAGGCUGCGAUGUUAGAAUCGAUGCACUGGGGGAUGUAGUUUUACAAGAUUCUUUUACUGUUUGGGAUCCCAAACAACUUAUACGAAAAGGCAGAGAUCGUCAUAUUUUUCUUUUUGAAUUAUACCUCCUUUUCAGUAAAGAAGUUAAAGAUUCUACAGGAAAGGUCAAAUAUAUUUAUAAAAGUCGCUUAAUGACUUCAGAACUUGGUGUAACUGAGCAUAUUGAGGGUGAUGAAUGUAAAUUUGCUGUUUGGACUGGUCGUGCACCAACUAGUGAUACAAGAGUCGUAUUACGUGCUAAUUCAUUGGAGGCUAAACAACUGUGGGUUAAACGUUUACGUGAAGUGAUACAAGAAACUUACUUCAGUUUAAGUAUGCCUAAAAGUCCAGCGAAAAAGAGUUCGAGUCAGCGAUCAAGUCGUGACUUGGAGGAAUGUGCAUCACUUGAUGACAGUGUAGAAAACCUAGAUAGAAAUUCAUUAGCAUCUUUUGGAUCUACGAAUACAACUGAUUCUGAAAAAACAGGAGUAACUGAAAUGACUUGGGUAGUAGCUGAUCAUGCAGCUACACCAGGUUCUAGAGAGCUGAGUGUGACAAAAGGUCAACAAGUAGAAGUGCUGGAGAACGGAAGUGUGCAUUCUGGAAGUAGUAGCAAUACCAACGAAUGGACUUUAGUACGACUACCUUUAAUAGCAGGUCAAACCGAACCACCAGCUGAAGGUUUAGUACCUACUAGUGCUCUUAAACAACCCCCGACAACAUCAUGUAAAACUUCACCGUCCAGAAAAACACCUUCUCAAACUAAUGUUACGAUUGCUCAACAGUCUGUCACUCAGGAUGAUGACACCGGUGGGAGUGACGGGAAUGGCUCAGCUAGUACAAGCUCACCAGGAAACAGGAGGCGUGGUUUUAGUGGAAGAAAAUGGUUACCACAACAAUUCCGUAAACUCAGUCAGGGUAAAGUUGAAAAAUCAGCAGAUCGACCAUCAGCGCUUAAAAAGACCGGUUCUGAUAAAAGAUUCAAGUUGCCAACCGGCGAUAAAUCUGGUCGUACAGUUUCUGAAGGUGAAGAAGAAGAAGAAGAAGUUGAAUGUGAUGACAGUGAAACGCCACCGUUCUUGGAGCAAAAUGGUGGAGAAGAUGCUGAAGAUGAUUUUGAACUACCGCCUCCUAUGAAACCCAUUACUGAACCAAUACUAGUAGCUGCCGGUAAUGGUCCGCCAGGUUCUACUGUUCCUGAAGAACUUCCUGGAAAGAGGACUACAGAGCGAUCAAUAAAAAGUUUGGAUGGCGCUACAACUGCUGACUUGGCAGAGAUCGAGCAAAUUGUCAAAGAGAGAAUGGAACAACAUACAGAAAAUCAAGAACGAAAUAGUUUGAUGAGAACACCAGGACGUCCACCGUCCACUGAUGAUAAUUACGCUAGCUUAAGUGGAUCGACUAUUUCUGAAGAAACUGAUCCCGAAGCUGCAGCACUUACAAAACGACAAUUUGUUAUCAGUGAGUUGGUUGAGACAGAACAAGUUUAUGUUAAUGAUCUUAAACAUAUUGUUGAGGGUUAUAUGCUUCCUAUGAGAGAUCCCGACAGCGAAAUACCUUUACCUGAGGAUCUUCGAGGGGGUAAAGAUAAGAUGAUAUUUGGGAAUAUUGAAGCAAUAUAUGAAUGGCACAGAGACUUCUUUCUUAAAGCACUUGAAAGUUGUUUAAAGCAACCUGAAGAGCUCGGUCCAUUGUUCAAGAAAUAUGAAAGGAAAUUACAUAUGUAUGUUGUCUAUUGUCAAAACAAACCGGUCUCGGAGUACAUUGUUUCUGAGCACAUAGAUACAUAUUUCGAAGAAUUGAGACAAAAGCUUGGACAUCGUUUACAACUUUGUGAUUUACUUAUAAAACCCGUUCAAAGAAUUACUAAGUAUCAGUUGUUACUUAAAGAAGCGUUGCGGUUGACUGAAAAAACUCAAAGAAUAUCAGAGAUUGAAGGACUUCGUGCAGCAGUGCACGUAAUGCGAAUCAUUCCUAAAGCCGCUAAUGACAUGAUGGAUGUUGGGAGAUUACAAGGUUUUGAUGGGAAAAUAACAGCACAAGGCAAGCUUUUAUUGCAUGGGCCUUUAUUAGUUGCGGAGUUAUCAAGUUUGCCAGCACGAGGUCGUGAAUGGCAAGUUUUUCUAUUUGAGCAAAAUAUUAUUUUUAGUGAAGCGCUUGGCAAAAAAACUCAGUUUACAAACCCUGCCUAUGUAUACAAAGCUCACAUUCAGGUCAAUAAAAUGAGUCUAGAAAACUCAAUAGAGGACCCCGAAAAAUUCACGAUUCGUUCAACGGAUCCGAGAAAACCUGGACUUGGUUUUGUAUGUAGUGUACUAGAUGACAAUGGGCCUCGGAAACAGGAGUGGGUAGAUAAAAUCACAUCAAUUCUCCAAACCCAGCGUGACUUUCUUAAGGCGAUUCAAUCGCCAAUUGCCUAUCAAAAGGAACUUACCAAAGAUCCACUCCGUUCGAUGACCCCGGAACCAGUAAUUCGUGCCGCAGUAUCAGUACCACCAAUGUUGACAGUACCUGGUGCAAGCAAUAAAGAGCGAAGUAGUGACCAUAGAAAAUCCCAAGGUAUUCAUCGAUCACACACAGGUGGUCUUGAAAAUUCGCCACGAACUCCAUCACCAACCAAAAGUAAAUUGAAUUUCCUCGAGGGAUUUAGGAAUACUAUUACUCGGGCACGUUCACCAGUUCGCACAAAUUCCAUUCCGGUUACGCCAGGAUCGCGCGUAAGACUUGUAGCAGAUUGGGGUAAGCUUCAUGCCGGUGAUGAGGUGGUUAUCUCGCAUCUAGAUGGUCCAGGAGUUGUUGUGUCACCGUUGGACGUAAAAGAAGAACUGUGGAUACCAGCAAGCCUCAUUCCGAACUCAUCCUUUAGUCGUGCUUGGUCGUUCCGUCCACGUAAACUUGAUAAUGACAAACAUGUCAGUCCCCAGCGUAGUAUUAAUGAACGGAAAGUAUUUCCACCGAAAAUUACUCCAGGGAGUAUUUCAUCACCAGUAAAAGUUUCUGUUGGUGAUAUCGCCAGGCUGUCCGUCGAGGUUAUCAACUCUGAGGGCAUCCAAGUUACUUGGAAGAAGGAAGAAAGCAACACCGAUAUUGUUCCAAAUGAUAGGUUUCAAGUUCAUCUAAGUCCCAGUCUUAUUUACUUAGAAAUUGCUCGCUGUCGUAUUGAUGAUGCUGGAUUUUAUCAAUGUAAUAUUCAAUCAGAAAUGGGAUCGUGUUCUGCUAAAAUCUAUCUUAGUGUUACAGGUGGAAAUGGAGCUACAUGGGCCCAAAUUAUGAGUCCAACAAAAGUUAAAAUAGAUUGGGAAAAACGUGAUAUUGAACAAGGAACUCUAGAAUGUCGAACAAUACCCUCAACAAUGUGGAUGCCAAUUGUUGAAAAUGUUAAAAGUCCCCCAGUUAUACUCGAGCUUUCACCUGGUGCUUCCUAUAGCUUUAGAGUUGUAGAUAAAUGUGGUAAAAAUAGUACUUCACCAUCAACAGUUAUUACCUUGCCAGUAGAUGAAAGUAUAAGUUGGGAAGUUGAACAAUUUGUCGGAAGAUAUUUGGAGCUAGAUGAACUUGGCAAGGGCCGGUAUGCCGUUGUAAGACGUGCAAGAGAUAGAGGAACUGGUCAAGAAGUGGCUCUUAAACAAACUCCCAGACACAAACAAUCAAGAUUACUAACUAGGGCUGAGUACGACUUACUUGCUUCUACGCACCAUGGUAAUAUCAUUCGUGCUUUUGCACUCUUUGAAAAUGCACCUCGGCCAGGAUUAGAUACCAUUGUAUUAGAAUUAGUUCGUGGUCCUACAUUGUUUACAUAUUUGAGUAAGAAGACUGAAUAUACGGAAGCAAUGGCAAGUAAAUAUGCUCAUCAAUUGAUGUCAGCCUUAUCGUGGCUUCAUCAGCGCAAUAAAUAUCAUUUAGAUGUUAAACCUGAAAAUGUACUUGUUGACCAAGAUAUUGGAAUCGUCAAGCUUAUUGAUCUUGGUGAAUCUGUGCGCGGCCCAGUCGAAGAAGUAGUACCACCAGGGGAUUUAGAAUUCGCAGCACCGGAAUUAGUUCUUGGAAAACCUACGGGAUUUUAUACCGACUUAUGGGCUACAGGUGUUUUUAUUUAUGUACUUUUAAGUGGCCUUUCACCUUUCUUAGACGAAUCUGUCGAAGAAACAACGGCAAAUAUAUUAAAAUGUGAUUUCUGCUUCCCUGAUGAAUAUUUUGAAUCGAUAUCAAAUGACGCCAAGGAUCUUCUUUUGAAACUUUUGUCAUUAAAAGGAGAAGACAGAGGAGUCGCUGAGACUUGUUUAACAUCUCCAUGGUUUAAAAUAACAAAAGGUGCGACAAUUCCUUCAGCAAGAAUGGCAGCAUUUAUUGAACGUCGAACACAUUGUUCUAAAUCUCAUUCAGAUGAUUGCUUCUAUUCUUCUUAAGAAUAAUUAUUUCAAUAAAAAAUAUCUUUGUAUACGUAGUUUUUAUUGAAAAUCGAACAAAUUUUAUUCUGUAAAUAAGACAAAUUAAAAUUUUUACUGCAAAGUAAUUGAAUGUUUCUAUAAAAAUUUAUGUUCACCUGUAAAUGUUAUCACUUUGUUAUAAAUAGAUGAUAUAAUACAUUUAGACAUAAAAAUAUUGUAGAAAUAAGAAUAAAAUAAUAAGAGUA